CAGUGCCUGUUUAAGUGAUGAACUCCAUUACUUGUGUUUGUUUUCAGACAUGAUAACAGACGUCUUAUACUUGUGCUACAACUUUUCGGCCUUUUCUACAAAACUUUCAACCUCUGUAGCACCAGUGCUAUGUGAAAAAAAAAGUUAACGUGCAGUCCUGCAAAAGGCAAUUUCCAUAUUCUGACAUCCAGAGCAACAUGCAUGCAUGCAUAUCUUACAUCUUGUAUAUUGUGGUUUCUCAUAAUAGUUGAUGCAGAUGGCAAGAAGUAACACAAUUAAUUUCUUCUUACUAUGAGUGUUACUGACACCACAAUCUGUGAAAAAAAGACUUACAGACAGCUUAAUGUCUCCACCUUUCCUUAUAUUUAUACAGUGUUUUGCCAGCGAGAGGUUAUUGAUUGUCUUCAUGAUGACCAUCAUCUCUCUGCUCCUGCUGGCCUCUCUGCUGCCACACCUGACCUUCACUGCUCAUGUGAAUGUGGGUAUAGUGAACGGCAGUGAAGCAAAACCCCACUCCAGACCUUACAUGGUUUCACUUCAGAAGUACUUUAAACAUGUCUGUGGUGGAUUCCUCAUUUCUGAUGAGUUUGUCUUGACUGCUGCACAUUGCAAUAACAAGGGACUAACAGCUGUGGUUGGUGCACAUGACUUAAAAAAAGAUAAAGGGUCCAUCCACAUUAGAGUGAAGUCCUACCACAUUCAUCCGGACUUUAACAUUCAAACUAUGCUGAAUGACAUUAUGCUUUUGAGGUUAGAGAAAGAAGUCGAACAAAACAAGAUUGUCAAGAGGAUUUCCAUACCAACUCAAGAGGGAGACAUCGAAGCUGAUUCUGUCUGCAGUGUUGCCGGCUGGGGAAGACUGGGUUUAAAAGGGAAAAAGAGCUAUCGUCUCAUGGAAGUAGAUGUGAAGAUCAUGAAUAACACAGAAUGCAAAAAAAAAUGGAAACACAUCUACUCAGCCUCAAAGAUGAUGUGUGUCUACGGCCAUGGAGGAAGCUGUAGUGGGGAUUCAGGAGGUCCUUUAGUUUGUGGAGACACUGCAGUUGGUAUCACUUCCUUUGGUGACCCAAAAGCCUGCAAUAGUCGUAAACGACCUGAAGUUUAUGCAAAGAUUUCAGCAUAUCUUCCAUGGAUCCGCUCCAUAAUUGCAAAUUUUAAGUGAUUUUUGCAAUGAUUUUUUAUUUUUUUUAAUUUGUUUGAAUGUUCAAUAAACAAAUCAUGUGUGAAGCAUCAA